GUGUGGGCGAUUGCAGCCUAAAGCGGCGCUGAGCUGAGCUGAGCGGAGCUGAGAGGAGGUGGGGGUGGUGUUUGCGAGCGGGGCUGCAGUGCAGCGACGGCCAGCGACGGACAGGGUGGAAGGCGGCCCGGGCAACGUUCUAGCAACAUGUGAGCCGGGGAGCGGGCGGCAGCAGCAACAACACUCGCACCCGGACCGGGCGCUCUCUCUCUCUCUCACUCUCACCCAUUCCUCUCCGCCUUUGUGCAGACGCAGCGCAGAAACUUUGCAUUUGUUUCCCCUCUUCCAAUGGAACCCAUCACGAAGUGGACGCCGAUGCAAGUGGUUGAGUGGAUUAAAGGCUUGGAUGAUUACUUGCAGUGCUACAUUCACAGCUUUGAACGCGAGAAAAUAAAUGGUGAGCAACUUCUCCAGAUUACCCAUCAGGAUCUUGAAGAAUUAGGAGUUACACGUAUUGGUCACCAGGAACUAAUCCUGGAGGCUGUGGAUCUGCUUUGUGCUUUGAAUUUUGGAUUGGAAACCGAAAACAUGAAGAACUUGGCCCUCAAGUUGCGGAUUGCAACCAAUGGCCUACAGAAGUUUAUCAGCGUCAGAAGAAAAGGUUCUGCGUAUGAUGGUGCAAUUUCUCACAAACCUCCCAAUGACUUCCUUACUUCAGUUGUGGACCUCAUUGCUGUCGCAAAGGCUUUGUUAGCUUGGUUGGACAGAUCACCAUUUACAGGAAUCAGUGAUUACUCAAUGAUGAAAAACAAGAUUAUACAGUUGUGUUUGGAUCUGACGACAACGGUUCAACAGGACUCCACUGUGUUUGAAAUGGAAGAUCGUGUUAUUAACGUUUGUAAAGUUCUCCAUGGUAUUUGUGAUCAGACUAUUAGAUCAACAUCUGAUCCUUUAUUAAGCCAGAGUGCUUGUCUAGAGAUGGUUCAGUUGGUGAACAUCAAACCAAGUGAUGGACUGGGCAUGUAUAUUAAAUCAACCUAUGACGGACUACACAUUGUCACUGGUACAACUGAAAAUUCGCCUGCAGAUAGAUCACGAAAGAUCCACGCUGGUGAUGAAGUGAUCCAGGUUAAUCAUCAGACUGUUGUUGGGUGGCAGCUGAAAAAUCUUGUUGGCAAACUUCGUGAGGACCCUGCAGGUGUGUUGCUUUUGUUGAAGAAAAGGCCAGCAAACACAUGCAACUUGACUCCAGCUCCUCUGAAGAACAUGCGUUGGAAGUCACCAGCUGUGCAGACCAGCCCUCCCCAGACUGCAACUCCCUCCACAGCCAGCACCAUGGAGAUGACUCAAAAGAAGGACAAGCCUGCCAUUAAGGAUUUGUACAUCCCACCACCACCGGUUGUUCCAUACACUCCACGGAAUGACCAAGGGGACCUUGAUUAUGAAGAGGUCAGCAAACAUGGAUCGAUCAGGCCAGUACCCAAGGGAUCAGAGUCGCCCAACUCUUUCCUCGAUCAGGAAUUCCAGAGACGGCGGUUUACCAUUGCAGAUUAUGAUCAGUUGCCUCCAUAUGCAUUUGAAGUGCCAAUGCCCACGAGAAUACGAGACAAAACACGCUUAUAUGGAAGACCUCGACCCUUGUCAAUGCCUGUUGGUCGGAGCUGGAUGGGAGGAGUUGACGUUUGUCCAAGGCCCCGAGUUCAAGGAAGGCAAGAUGAGGACUGCUUCUAUAGGUACUUCAGCAAUGAUAGAAUUCCACCGAUUAAGGAAGAUUAUGUUGCCUCGCCGAUUUCUGGACCAAUGGUUAGCAUGUACCCUGGAAGAGCUAGGAGUGGGAAAGAAUCUGUUAGCCCUGAACAUCUCACCAGAAUGACAUUCCCUGUUCAGCAAGAUGGGCCCAAGCAAACCUGCAGUUCACCAAGAAAAAACUCACCAGAACACUCGUCACCGGUCAGUUGGAUUACAAGAUUUAAACUAUUAAGUCAGUGAACAUUUUCCCGCUGGAGUCAUUUCACAUUGGGCCCGAGGGCAGCAUACUAAGCUACACAUUUCAUGUAAAAAUUGAGAAAGAUAUAGAAGUACUUUAUGUAAUUUUGCAUUACAACCAAAAAUUCAUUUGAAUGGUGCCUUAUCUACUAUGCAAAUGGUGGCAAAUGCAGCCUAGUUUUCACUGUUUGUUCCAAGUUUAAAUCACCCAGUAAUAUAGUACGAUAGAACAAAUACUUGGUACAUCUUGGCACCGUAAGCAAGGUUUGUAAGUGUAUUUGAGUACAGAAUGAGUGGAUUGAGCAGCGUAAAAAGCUUUGUGUCAAAACUAAUUUAGGUUGAGAGUAAGGAAUUUGAUGGUACUUUAUGGAUCUAUAUACAUUCUUGAAGGUGGAAUUUAAAAUGCGAUUGUUAUGCAGAUUGUUAACUGAACAACAGAGGAGUGCAUGUGGAAUUUUAGGGUGGAUUUUGAUGCAAUUCACUGGUCAAGCAACCCAUUUUUUGUACUUUGUUGCAUUUAUGGGACCCAUGCCCAUUUAACUGCCUUCCUGAGGGUGGGUCUGUCUGUGGAAAGUUACUGUGCAGCCUUGCACAUACACACACACACACACACACACACACA